AUGGUCCACUCCCCAGGGACUGCAAGGACACCCACCCGGUUCUACAUCCUCAGUGGAGACUCUGUAGGGGUCGAACAUAACUUCACCUCCAUCCCCCAGUUCAUGUACCUCGACCUGGCCGUUUCUUGGCCAGCAACUCAACCCGUCUGGCACCAACUCGCAAAGGGUCCCCAACAGUACAUCUUCCCAGCUGUGACAUCAGCUGACGGACAGACCCUGAUCGCCUUCCGCUUCAGCCCAACCUUUGCGAUGCGCUACAACAUUGCAUCCAACACCUGGUCGCCCUCCCAGAUCAACCCUGACCAUGCAUCUCUGCAGGGGAUCGGGGCUGUGACAGAUCCAGAUACGGGAUUGGUCUACAUGGCUGGAGGUUUCACUGGGAAUCGAGACACCAUGUCAGUUUACGAUUUUAAAUCCGAUACCAUCACCACUGCCUUUCAGCUGCCCGUGGACAUCUUGAAGUCUCGUGCAUAUUAUGCCAACGUCUGGGUAAAGUCCAGAAAAUCCAUCAUGUACUUUGGUGGAUACAAUGCUGCCCUCAACCGCAUUGCUACGGACAACGUCCUCACCGAGUUUGAUCCUAACACAAAUACCCUCUCCACCGUUGCAACGAUUGGACCCCCACCACCCAUGCGCUCCGAUCAUUGCAUGGCCUCUAACGACGAUGGCACAUUGAUUGUGGUAUAUGGUGGGCGCAUUCAAGGGUUGAUAUUUGCCAACGACAUCUAUGUCUACAACGUAGUAACGGGCGCAUGGAAAGCAGGACCACCAGGAUUGUUUCGUGUAUACGUGGCUUGCACCAUCGUCGGAAACCAACUCCUGGUGUGGGGAGGUCAGGACGAGAAGCAGAAGUUGGUGGGUUUGAAUGCCCUUAUUUUCGACAUCGACGCAAUGACUUGGACAGAUCACUAUACCGCUCCGAAAUCAUUUGCAGGACUACCCCAGCCAUCUGACGGCCCAAUCAACCCCUCUGGAACGGACUCGAGCGACAGGAGUGGAAAAUCAAGCCUUGGUCUUAUUGUUGGCGUAUCUAUCGGCGGAUUGGUUUUCAUCGUGGCGGCAGUUCUUGUAGGCUAUUUCGUCCAAAGACGGAGGAAGCAUCCUCAUGGCGCUUCGCUGUUGAACACUCGGGGAGACGACGAUGAUCCAGAUCGUAACCGUGGUGUAACAUACCCUGACGAGACCACCAGGAAUGAUGAGGAAUUGCAGCAGCUUCGAGUGCAACUUCAUACUCAACAAGAGGAAUUAGAGUUGCAUCGCCGCCUCAUGGAGCUCCAGCAGGAACAGCAGCAAAUCCAACAACAGCGACAACAGCAGCAAGCGUCUCAAUACCGACAGCAGACUCAACCCUAUCAAGCCGCAAGCAUCUACACCGCGCCUGCAGCCGGCGGCCAUGACCCUUUCAGAAAUGUCACCACCGAAUACCCCCAGGAUUCCAAAAAUAUCCCUAAUGUUGGAUCGUCGACUAUGACUUCAGCAGCGAAUCUUUAUUACUCUCAGCAACACCAGCACCAACAAGCACCUAUGAUUCCACCUAAUUCACCACCAAUCUAUGCCGCUCAUCCUUACCAGCCUUACGUCCUUGUUCCUUCGCCGACGCCAUCACACACGUUCAUCUCAACUAGCGUCAAUGCUAACAGCGGCACAAAUUCUACAGUGCCAAGUCGAGUCAACUCUAUCAGCGCCCUCAGUUAUAAUCACGGCGAAGGAAGCAGUAGUAGUAGUAGUAACGAGCCACGAGGGUACAAGUCUGGGGCACAGAGCAAUCCCCAGUUCGGCGCGCGCGAACGGUGA